AUUUCAGUUCCUCUCCUCCCCGACCUUAAAAUUCCACCUCCGUCCCAGAAGCUCCCUCUACUGGACUGGAGCAGCCUCUAGUUUUCUCUCAAACGCCGACGCGAACAUGGCGGUGACGGACUUCUUCGCAGGCGAGAUAGCCACCGAGCUCCUGAAACAGCUCAUCACCAUCUCCAGGAAAUCCGCGAGCUGCCGGUCAAGCGCGGAGCAGCUGAUCGUGUACAUACGGGAGCUCCUUCCCAUCAUCCAAGAAAUCAAGCUCACCGGCAACGAGCUUCCCCAGCACCGCCAGCGCCAGCUUGAUACCUUCUCCCAGGCACUCUCCGGCGGCCUGGAACUGGCCAACAAAGUCCUCAACUCUCCCCGUUGGAAUGUCUACCGGAACAUACGAUUAGCCCGGAAAAUGGAGAAGCUGGAGAAGACCAUCUCAAGAUUCAUGGAGGGGCCCGUUCAGGCGCACGUGCUGGCUGAUGUGCAUCACGUGAGGGUGGACAUGGAGGAGAGGUUUGAUCGGCUGGAGUGGCAGUUGGGAGCCAUGAAGAUUGGUGCGGACGGUGAUGGGGGGUGGUUGGGAGCGGCGGUGAAGAGGGUGGAGGAGGAGCAGAGGUGGUGCGAGGAUAAUUUGGUAAAUUUGGGUGGCACUGGAUUGGAGCUUGGGAAGAUGAAGUUGAAGCAGAUGCUGCUGACCGAGGAAUUCAGUGUUGUUGGGAUUCAUGGGAUUGGUGGAAUUGGCAAAACCACUCUCGCUAGAGAAAUUUGCAAAGAUGAAGAGAUCAAGAGUUAUUUCAACAACAGAGUCUUCUUUCUGACAGUAUCUCAAUCUCCAAAUGUGGAGCAAUUGAGGUCAAGAAUAUUGGGAAUGGUAACAGGAAACACCAUUGUGGGUCAUGGAGAUAGAUCUCCACAAAUGAAUCUACGGUAUGAUGUGGGAGCUUCGGCGCGAGUUCUUCUGGUUCUUGAUGAUGUUUGGACACAGUCUGUUCUUGAACAACUACUGAUAAAGAUUCCUGGUUGCAAAAUAUUGGUAGUUUCGAGGUUGAAAUUCCCUCCAUCGGUUGUCAAUUGCUCCUAUGAAUUGGAUUUGUUGACUGAGAAUGAGGCAGUGUCCUUGUUCUGCCACUUUGCUUUCGGACAAAUGUCGAUACCUCUUGAUGCUGAUAAGGAGCUGGUUAAGCAGGUUGUGGAUGAAUGCAAGAGACUUCCAUUGGCUCUGAAGGUGAUUGGAGCUUCACUAAAGGGCCAGUCGGAGAUGUUCUGGACGAGCGCCAAGAACCGGUUAUCACGGGGGCAACCUCUGUGUGAGUCCCAUGAAGUUCAGUUACUCGAACGAAUGAAACUGAGCAUUGAUUAUCUGUCUGAGAGGGAGAGGGAAUGUUUCUUGGACUUAGGUGCCUUCCCAGAAGACAAGAGAAUCCCACUCGAUAUACUCAUCAACAUGUGGGUGGAGCUACACGAUAUAGAUGAACAAGAAGCUUUUGCUGUCCUGGUUCAGCUUUCCGACAAAAAUCUCCUUACCCUUGUGAAAGAUGCAAGAGCUGGAGAUAAAUACAGCAGUUACUAUGAGAUUUCAGUUUAUCAGCAUGAUGUAUUGAGAGAUCUUGCAAUACAUCUAAGCAAUGUGGGCAGUGUAAAUCAAAGGAGGAGAUUACUCAUGCCAAGAAGAGAAGCAGGGCUCCCAAAAGACUGGGAGAGACACGUUGAUGAGCCCUUCAGUGCCCGAGUUAUUUCAAUACAUACAGGUGAAAUGAGUGAGAUGGACUGGUUAAGAAUGGACUGCCCGAAAACUGAGGUCCUGGUACUAAAUUUUGCAUCAGACGGGUACUUUCUGCCUCCAUUCCUUGACAACAUGCCCAAGCUCAGGGCCCUGAUACUGAUAAACUGCAGCACUUCCAACAGCGUCCUCCACAACACCACCGUUUUCAGCAGCUUAACUAAUUUGAGAAGCCUCUGGUUCGAAAAGAUCUCUCUCCCUCUACUACCCGACACCACAAUUCCCCUCAAAAACCUGCAGAAAGUCUCGCUCGUGCUAUGCGAUAUAAGUAAAAGCGUUAAUCGUUCAGCUGUCGAUCUCCCUCACCUCUUCCCCCGGCUGUCAGAGCUCACAAUGGAUCACUGCAUCAACUUAACCGAGCUGCCCUCAAGCAUCUGCCAAAUGCAGACACUCAAGAGCCUGAGUGUCACCAAUUGUGACAGUCUCCAAGAACUGCCGUCGGAUUUGGGGAAACUCAGCUUCCUCCAAAUCCUAAGACUAUCCGCCUGUCCGAAUCUGAGGCGGCUUCCACCAGGAGUUGGCAACCUCAUUCAGCUCAAAUACCUCGACGUUUCACAAUGCGUUAACAUGGGAUGCCUGCCUGAGGGAAUUGGUGGAUGUGCAAGCCUGGAAAAGAUUGAUAUGAGAGAGUGCCCACAGAUGAGGAGUUUGCCGGUGUCGGUGGCGUCGCUGCCGUCUCUCCGCCGUGUCAUUUGUGAUGAAGAGGUUUCUUGGCUGUGGAAAGACGUGGAGAAGGGCCGACCAGGUCUUUGUCAGGUCCCACAGGAGUGUUUUACCUUGGACUGGCUGGCUGAGUAAUCCAUUUCCAGUUGUUUGUUUCUUUAGCAGGUUGCCCGGAAUCUAACCCCUGUUCUUGGGAGUGUAGGCUGUAAAUAUGGAUAAUCCCAUCUGGAUAAGAAUCAGUGAGUAUCUACCUCACUGCUUUGAUUUUA